AUGUCAUUGAUUCCUAUAUGGUCUUCUCAAAAUUGGAAUAUUAAAAAAGUAAAUGUUUCUGUAACGGAUUUGACUGUUUCAGCUAAAACAAAAAAGGGAAAAGAUCCUGUGGAAUUAAUAAAAAAUGUGUCUUUUCAGUUACCCAGUGGCAGCUUAAUGGCAAUAUUAGGUGGUUCAGGCUCUGGGAAAACUACUUUGCUAAACAUCUUAUCAAAUAGAACAACUUCAAAUUUAAUUCAGACAGGAAAGAUAAUUUAUGCUGAUGAUUAUGAUAACAUUUUUAAUUUUUCCUCAAUCAACCAUUCCUACGUUAUUCAGCAAGACAUCUUGCUAUCCGAUUUAACAGCAAUUGAAACUCUUCAAUAUGCUGCUGAUUUAAGAUUAACUUCAUCUAUAUCUCAAGCAGAAAGAAAAAAAUUUGUAAAUCAAAUUAUUCUUGAGUUGGGAUUAAAAGAUUGCGCUAAUACUUUGGUUGGAAACUCAGCUCAUAAAGGAUUAUCUGGUGGUGAAAAAAGACGACUUUCGAUUGGAAUCCAGUUGCUUUCCAACCCUUCCUUAUUAUUUUUAGAUGAGCCAACGACUGGGUUAGAUUCUUUUUCUGCUUUGCAAGUAAUACUAACAUUAAAAAAACUAUCAAAAAGUGGAAGAACAAUAAUAAUGAGUCUUCAUCAACCAAGAGCUGAUAUAUUUGAGGAAUUUGAUUACAUUUGUUUACUAUCAGAGGGCUAUCCUGUAUAUUAUAUCCUAAGUUAUUUUCAAAAUUUGGGCUUCCAACCUCCCAAAAACUCAAAUAUACCAGAUUACUUGAUUGAUUCAAUCAGUGUUGAUAAGAGAAAUCCAGUUGAUGAAAAAAAAACACGAGAAAGGCUUUCUUUUUUAGUUGAACAAUGGAAAUUAUUUGAACAAAAAGCUUUAUUUAAUUCUAAUGACAAAAUUGUUGAGGAGGCACCAUUUGUACCAAAUGAGUCAACUUACAAUGUUGAUCCAAAUCAAACAAUUCAAAAAGCAGGAUUCUUGAGAGAAAUAUCUGUUUUAACAAAAAGGACUUUUUUGCUAUCAUUAAGAGAUCCAAUAACACAGCUUUCACUUAUAUUAGAAGCAAUAUUGUUGAGUAUUAUAUGUGGUUGGGUUUUUCUUAAACCAGGCGAUUCACUAACUGGAAUUAGAACCAAAACAAGUGCAAUUUAUACUGCCGUUGGUCUCCAAGGUUAUCUUAUGCUUUUAUUUGAAACAUAUAGACUCUGUGUUUUAGAUAUAAAAAUAUUUGACAGAGAAAAAAUGGAAAACUGCGUUUCAAUAUUAGGAUUUGUUCUUUCUAGAAUUUUUGCUCAUUUUCUAACUGAAGGAAUUGCUAUUCCUUUUUUGUUUUCUACAAUAACUUUUUUUAUGUUUGGGCUUCAUAUCCAAGCUGAUUCUUAUUUUAUUUAUCUUUCAAUCAACACACUAAAUCAUUUCAUUGCAAUGGGAUCAGCAUUGCUUUGCACAUCAAUAUCUAGAGAGUUUCCUAUUGCCUCGUUAAUUGCCAACUUCAAUUUUACCUUGCAAUCAUUUGCGUGUGGGUUUUUUGUCAACGCCAAAACAAUGCCAGUGUAUGUUCGAUGGACUAAGUAUAUUGCCUAUGUCUGGUAUGGGUUUGGUGCUGCAAUCUCCAACGAAUUUAGUGGAUAUUUGGGUGAUUGUCCUAAUUGCCAACCUUAUACGGGAAAGUAUAUUUUAAACACUUUAGGCUUUAACGAAAACUGGAUAGCCAUUCCUAUUUUAAUUUUACUUUGCUGGGGCGUAGGCUAUUAUAUCAUGGCCUGCGUGGUCUUAAAAAUCAAGAAAGUAGAUGUUUCAUUAUCGAAACAGCGAGGAAGCAAUAAAUUAGUCAACCUAAAAGGAACCAAAGAUGAACUAAUAAACAAAGAUACAAAUCAAAUUGGAGACGCCAAUGCAUUCACUGAAACAGGGUUUGACAAGUUGAAAAAAAAUGAUGAUAUAAUUGUAUCAUUAGAAAAAAUUUGUUUAGCAGUUUCUGUUCGAACUCUAUCAUUUAAAUUCAGAGACAAAAAUCCGAAGACCAAAAACAUAUUGAAUUCUAUUAGCUGCAAAUUUUUACCUGGAAAAAUUAAUGUAAUCAUGGGCCCAUCCGGUUCAGGAAAAUCAUCUUUGCUUACAUUGCUCUCUGGAAAAUUGUCUUCCGAUUUUAUUAACAAGUAUUCAUACUCUGGAGACAUUUUCUUCAAUAAGUAUAAAGUGACUGAGAAUAAUAAGUUGGUAAAUUCAAUUUGUUCUUAUGUCUAUCAAGAUGACGACAGCUUAUUGCCAACAUUAACUGUGAAAGAAACAUUAAAAUUUGCUGCUGAUUUGAGACUAUCAAAUCUUUCCAAAGAAAUUCGAGAUAAGAAAGUAGAAGAAAUUAUUAUGAAACUCGGUUUAAAAGAUUGUGCAAAUACCCCAAUUGGCUCAGAAUUUUUAAAAGGGAUAUCUGGGGGAGAAAAGAGAAGAGUUUCUAUUGGAAUUCAACUUCUAAAUGAUCCUAAAAUACUAUUAUUGGACGAGCCAACUUCAGGACUUGAUUCUUUUAGUGCCCUUUAUAUCCUAUUGUUUUUGGAUCAUUUAGCUAAGAAUGAGAACAAAACAAUAAUUUUGACCAUUCAUCAACCCAGAUAUGAUUUGUUCAAGACUUUUGGUUCGAUUCUAGUUUUGUCUAAAAGUAUUGAUAAUAAUGGGGGAAAAGUAAUAUACAAUGGAAACCCCAAUUCGAUGAUGGAGUAUUUUAAGAAUUUAGGCUUUUUUUGUCCUCAAUUCACCAACGUUACUGACUAUGUUCUAGAUUUAAUUGGAAUAAAUUAUCAGAAAGAAGAUUUAGAGAUAGAAACAAAGCAAAGGACAGAAUUUUUGAUUAAAUCAUGGGAAAAUAACACAAAAGAUGAUCUGAUUCUUUCAGAUAGCGACUUCAAAAAGGAGUUAGAUCUUUUUUCUGUUUUUGGGGUCUUUUUGGUUCAGCGAUCUAAGUUCUUUAAUGCUUAUUUUGUUCUUCUAAAAAGACAGUCUUUAACUGUUAUUAGGGAUAAGAAUGCCUUCUUUGCAAGAAUAUCCCAAGUUGCUGGAAUCGGUAUUAUCACUGCAUUGUUUUUUGCCAGGUUAUCUAAUGAUUAUAUUGGAGUAACCAAUAGAUUAGGGUUGUUGCAAGAAAUAACUCCCUUGUAUUUCAUCGGAAUGUUAAAUAAUGUAUCAAGUUAUCCCAAUGAAAGAGAUUUUUUUUAUAAGGAGUAUAAAGACAAUGUUUAUGGUGUAUCGGCUUUUUUUUUAUCUUACCUUACAUUAGAGUUACCUUUUGAGCUAUUUUCCUCAGUAAUAUAUGCUGUUUUUAUGGUUUUUGUUAUUGGAUUGCCUUAUCAAGUAGAUGUAUUUCUUGCUUUGGUUUAUGUAUCGUGGAUGAUUGUUAAUUGUGGUGAAUCACUAGGGAUAAUCGUUAAUACAAUAUUCAACCACGUUGGUUUUGCUGUUAAUGUGAUUUCAGUAUUUUUAUCGAUUGCUACUUUCAUGGCUGGGAUAAUGUCCUUGGAUAUGCCUGGGUUUUUGAAUGGAAUCAAUUGGCUCAGUCCUUUGAACUAUGCAAUCAUGGCAGUCACAAAUUUGGUUUUCAUUAACGAGCCUCAUUUUACUUGCCGGAAUGGUGAGGGAAUGAGUAGUGAUGGUAGUUGUAUAUUCAAUAAUGGUGCAGAUGUCUUGCGUAUAUAUAGACUUGAAAGAAACUACAAAGUUUUCCUAUUGGUUUUGGUCUUUGUUAUUAUCAUUUAUAGGAUGAUUGGAUAUGCCGUAUUAAAAGUGAAACUAAUGAAAUUAACCAAUAAAGUGGUUUAA